AUGGGUGGGUAUAACGUGUAUCCGCCAUAUCUUCUGAACCUCUCUCAUGGCUGGAUACGACUAGCAACUGUUCCACAGCUUCUUUGUCUACUCUUCUCUACAACAAUUGCUCGGGCUGGCGACCUAGAUACAAGUAGCAUGCCGACCGCAUCCAUCGUCGGUUUUGCAUUCUGCGGGCUUAUUGCCAGCCUACUUUUAAUUAGUCUAUUUAUCACCUGCCUGAUGUGCUACAGAAUGCAGCUGCGAUAUCGAAGAGAUAAAUUGUUGACUACGGCUCAUGAAACACACCCAUCUUUGGCACAGAUUUCUACACGUCAGGUACCGUCGCUGCAACCAAUACCGGGUUACGGUUUGGACUACCCACCACGGCCGCCAUCACUUCCCUUUUACAACAUGCAAAACCAGUCAUAUCUGGUAGGUAGCGAAAGCAUCUACCCCUCAUUGUCGGACUAUGUCCAUCAAAAUCCGAUGACGAUGUCUUCACAUCCAAUUCGACGCCAACCCGACUAUCCGGUAGAGCCGCGGAUUGAAAGACAGAAUGACGUCUAUGCGGCGGUGAGCCUUGGCCAAAUCUGCCCUUUACCUCCACAGGAAUUGGACGAAAUGGACUCCUCCUCCUCUCUCGACAACGACCACUUUCUCCUCUCCCUCGAGUCGGCAGUUUUCACCGCCACUCCCACUUCCAGCGCUGUUACAACUGUUGUCGCUCCACUCUACUCGUUCACAUUUCAAGACGGCGAUUUGGGUGAUGGCGGUAGUGCUGGGAGUGGUUUGUUGGGAGGGUGGAGAGAUGGUCUCCUCUAUCCACCUCUGCCUCCGGGUUCACCGGUUGUGGGGUUUGCCUAUUUAGGACUAGGAGGAAUAGACGAUGAGGAGAAGGACGAGGAGGUGGCAAAAGAUGACUGGAGGAGAAGGGACGAAGUGAAGCUUCGUAAUCCUUUUCAUUAA